AUGCACGCGCGUGGUAGUGAUGACCCUGACCGCGUUCCAGACGAAUGCGGCGCGGGCGUGCCAGGUGUCUCUGCUGAGGGCAACGAUCACCGUGAUCAAGCCGUGCAUGUGGGCCCGGCGUCGGCGCAUUUUACGGGCCUCUUCCCUACGAGGACGUGGAGAGCUGAAGCAACCACUUGGGCCGCGGACGCUAGCUCCUGGUGGAGACUCUUUGGUCUUCCAAUUGUCUCUCGCACCCUCUCCGGCGCGGCAUCAUGCUACGGAAUGUCGCGGGGCCCCAGUGUGCGGCGUGUGGCCGAAUCCCACGCGGCUCUUGUUACCGGCUUCGUCCACCGCAACUUCUCCCCUUCGCUGACCGCCGGCGUGCGUGAGUUGGCGGUGAGGGAGCCGGCUUUGUGCGACGUCACUGUUUUGGGCGAUGGCGUUGAGGCGGAACACCGGAGGCAGCGCGCCGCCGCGCACGCAGAGGAGCAGCUCGAGCCGACGGUGCCUCUUCACGGCGGGCAGUGCACCCCACCCGGGGCCAAGGUGGCGUCUGCACCCUCACGCCCAUCCCCGUCAGCCGCCUCGGAGGCGGCGCAGUCGGCUUUGCAGACUGAACCUGUCAAGCCAAGUUCAACCCAAAGUACGGAGCACGAUGCCCCUAAAUUUUCUGUCAGUGACUCCCGUGAGGAAAAUGUUUCGUGCCUGCAGGAUGUUCUACAGGAAGCUGCCUUGGCGAUGUCUUCGCUUUCGGCCGAAGAGGUGCUGCUGCCGCAGCGAAUAGCCUCACUAUUUGCAGCGGAGGCGGCGCAGAGGGUAACCGUCGCACGACGCCGAAAACGUGGCAUUUUUGGACUUUUUGGCAACAUAGACCAAGGAUACUUUGAGGCGUUCGCACGCGUGUUUAGGCGAAAUCAAGGACUCUUGGAAGAGUUUCUUGAGCGUGUGCUGCAGUCCACUCCGGACCGCUACGCCGCGAAGCUUGGUGUCAUGGAUAUCCUGCGACUGGAGUGCGGGACGCUAGACGAUCAAUUUUUUAUAGAUCCGCUCGUCGCGUGGCCUAUGCAGUUGCUGUAUGAGGUGUCAUGCUUCUACGUCACGGCGAGGCGGCAUGGGUACCAUAACACCUUUGAAGCCAUGCGCCGCCAGGGCGGCGUGUUUGCCAGCGGCAAGGGUCUUUUUGCGGCGCUGGCGGUUGCAAUGUCACCGACGGCGGAGGAACUGGUGCAGCAUACCGCGCAAAUGUUCCAGGCAGCUUGUAUUGUUGGCUUGGUGUACAGUAAAUUAGAGAUGCAGCUUAAAGUGCAGGUUCAAAAGUGCGGACAGCGCCGCUUCUCACUGCUUCUGGUGAACAUUUCAACAAUAUCUCUGCAGCUGCUUCUUGACGAGGUGAAUAAAGUAGACUUUGGCUCAAGCAGCGGGGGUGGGGGUGGUGGGAAUGCCACGCCCCAUUGUAUUCCCAUGUCAAGACUGGAGAUGACGCGUGUUAUUAGCUCCCACUCUGCUAUUGUGUGCGGUCACCCAUUGGAUUUGGAACGCUUGAGCACCCUUCUUUUUUGCUACGCUGACGCCACCGGGCUGCGGGUCCACGUCGAGUACCUGCGCACCACAGUCCCGGAGAAUAGCCCCUUCUACAACCAGUGGCAACAUCUAGAGCUGUUGCACCUGUGGAAGGACAGUGCUGUGGAGUUGGAUGCCGCCAGACUUCAACUGACCCUCUAUUCUCCUGUGGAUGGGCAGCCGUGGAAUAGAUUUUCUACGUGUGCUCUUGCCGACCGUGUCGCGAUGGCGGUGACAUAUGCGUUGCAGGAUUUAACAUGUUCACUUCGGCACAUGCGUUGCGGCGACGUCCUACUCGAUUUCUCGGCGUCUGCUCUAUGCAUGAGUCACCUCAUUGCCUGCACUCGGGGGAAUAUUACGAUGUUGUCUCAACCCGCCGACUGUGUCAGCAGGUGUGCACUCACUUCCCCGCGCAGAAGUCCUGAUGACGGCGUUCUCCGCUCCACCCUCGCAAGUUGCGCGCGGAUCAACACGAUUCUGCAGAGCAUGCAGUGGGAGGGAAAACCGCGCCAAGCCUGCGUCUUGAGCCUGACCAUGAGCUUCGCUGACCUUGGCCUAUUGGUAAGUGCCGAGGCGUUUUCGACGGCGUCCUCCGUCCCCCACUGGAAGGGACGCAAGGGGGAGAGUAAAUUCCCCCGCACUUUCGCCACACGGAGCCCUCGCAGUGGAGUGUUGGCUGAUUUUAUACUUAGCCUUUGCGAUGACGCGGCGGUGAGCGCAGAAAAUGACGCGUGGGCUUCUGCGAUUGGUGCCCCGAGUGCGGCUGCUGCGGCUAUGCCUAUUCACUACCUUGCCCUGCCCAACGAGAACUUUUCUGUUGCCAUGGACAUUUAUCACGACUCACCCGUGGUUCGGUACUACGAAAUGCAGUGCAACUGCUUCUUAACGCGGGGCGCAGUGGAGUUCACACGGCGGUUGUCGCUCUGCACGGGGAUUGCGUUUCCGCCCCACACGCUGCUGAUGUGCCCCACUGUGCUGUCCCUUAUGGAGCUGCUGGACACCUACGAAUUUUUGGGUCGCAGGGCACCUGACGAGGACUAG